GCACCGAUAAGCGCAGGGGUAAACGAAGGCACGCUUGUACGAAACUGUCGUGUCAAAUUUCCUCAGAAGAACUCCACCCCCUAAAGGACUAUGUGUCGGUGCUCCUAACAAGGAAGAAUCUCAGCCGAACGAACAGCGCUUAACAUGAAAUGGUUGCACAUGGUUUCGGCGGUGCUGGGCAUCGUCGGCUCGUCGCUGGCAAUGAGAGACUGGUCCGUUUGUCAGGAUCCGACGUACACGUGCGGGCCACUACCGCCCGUGAUACCGGAAAGCUACAUCAUGAAAUACGAAUGGAUCGACCUGGUGCGUAACCAGACGGCGUGGGUCGAGGAGUACUUCGACAGCGAGAAUCUGCGAGCCAAGAUCUCGGUCGUGUUACGCGGCAGGAAAGUGACCGCCAUUUACGACUACUUCAGCGAGACGGUAACUACAUACAGCUCGGACAGGCCCGGAGCCAAGCCAUCACUGGACCUGGAGAGCCAGGACACGUGUGAGAUAGAAGAGAUGUCCACGAUCCGUGGCACCCAGUUGCCGUUCGGCUACAAGUACCGCGGUGAGCGACCACGCCGCUCACGCAUGGACAGCGCGUACGAAGCCCUAAGGUUUGGCGGGCCUUACCGCGUCCACUUCGUGCGUCCCGCCACGGACGUUGAGACGCGGCACCUGCCGGCCAACAUGUUCGAGAGCUGUGCGUACGACAUGGACGAGGAUGCCACCUAUCGGAUGCGCUACUACUGGUCGGCCAAUGCGUCAUUUUUGUUCCCAAACGGUGAAGUGGAUGUGCCUAUCCGCAUCGAGCAGAAGGGAACCUAUCGGAACCCUGACGACGACAACAAUGUCGGGCCGUGGAACACCAUUCGAAACGUCGCUUGGUACCAGUCGAACCCGGACUUUUCCGACGAGGAUUUCGAAGUGCCUCGGCAGACCUACUGUACGAACAACGCCAACGACAGGGAGAUUGCGCAACCACCUGACACGUUCAACUUCCGAGUCGAAGAAAUCUCCUUCACCCUCGAUGACACCGGGUCCAACGUCGGGGAAUUCACGUCGACUUCAUACAAAGAGAUUUGGUACGACGCAAUGAGGCACCUAGCCAGGGUGGACAUCAUACCCUCCGAAGAAGAGAAAAGCUGGCCACUUAUCAACGAAUCGGCUGGUUUGGAUACCAUGCUUUCGAUCGUCCUUGACUACCGCGCAGAAGCCGCAUUUGUUACGCAUACAUCAAGCGGAGAGUGUGUUGUCAGAAAGCUCAAAAGUGAUUUUUUUCUCUCGGAACCAAACAGCACCGAGCGUGUCGAAAUGUUGGACCCAGAAAAACUGUUUGGUUUCACGGAGGAGCACCACUUUCAAGGAAGGUACAAGAUCAGAGGCAUAGAGGUUGAAACAUGGGCGGCUUUGAUGAAUAAGUCGUCGGAUGAAACGAAAGGUACCACCAGGAGGCACGAGAUUUCGCUUAUGACGGACUCGGAGGCGGAGCGUUCAGGUAAACGGGACAUCGAGUUUGUUCCUGUCCAGGAAAGCAUCUACACGGAUACGCUUGAGGAGGGAACAUCGGAAUUCAAGCAGCGCGUGGUGAUGAAGAACUACUUCAAGUUCACUUCGGAACAGCCGCCCAUGUCGGUGUUUCAAGCUCCAGGUUGUGUCUCUCGUCACGAAGCAAGGACGUUCAAGGUUUCGUUCAACGGAAAGGACUACAAAAUCAUCCGGCAAAACAAGCAAGUGUUUAUAGACGCUCUUCGAGAAUCGCUGAAAGACUACGGAGAUAUAGACACGGUAAUGCGAAUCGAGGUUAUCGGUGUGGCGUUCUACAAAAGAAACAACGAAAUAACGUCUUUCUUUAAGAUAUUGGCACCCCUGCCUGAACUUCAGGCGAAGCGUGUCGUGACAGUCGAUGAAUCGUUGCAAAAAAUUUUUGAACGAGUCCAAAAUGGAACCUUCGUUUUCACCCUCGUGCUUUCAGACGAAAGUGACAAAACACAGCUGAGUACCCAUCAGGCCCUGAAAGGAUCUUUCGCCGAGGCACAAUGGCCGAAGAGGAAAAGCACGUUCUAUUACCAACCCCAGAAAGCAGCCGACGACGUUGUUCGAAGGAAGGAAAGCCCACCAGCCGGCCAAGACGCUGGUUACAGCCCUGGUGUGUUCGCGGUGAUUGCGGUUACUUUCACCUUUGCCGGUAUUGCCUGCGGAGCCCUUGCUAUGUGGUGUUUCCUGAACAGGAAGAAGCCCGAAGGUCUCAUCCAAAAUGAAGAACGUCCCAUCGAGCUGCAGUGAUCUUUAAAACGACACAUUCAUCAUGAAAUCUCAGCAACGUUAGGCAGCGUGAUCAUGAACUGAUUGAAUAAAAAAA